AUGGAGGACAGUGAGAAGAAGCUGAAUCAGAAGAGCGAUGGCAAACCCCGGAAAGUACGAUUUAAAAUCUCCUCCUCCUACAGUGGCCGAGUACUGAAGCAGGUCUUCGAGGACGGGCAGGAAUUAGAAUCACCAAAGGAAGAAUACCCUCACAGUUUUCUCCAAGAAGCCCUUGAACCAAUGGAUGGUGUUUAUGGGUCUGGGGAAGUUCCCAAGCCCCAGCUGUGCUCCCCUAAGCUGACUGCUCAGAGGAUCAGUGUGUUCAGAGAGGGCAAUGCCUAUACCUUGGCAGGCAGCCAGCCUCUGUUCAACGAUUACAAGAUGAAUGACCACAAGCCCCCACCUAUUAUAGAUUUUGGAAAGAUAAUCAUCUACACGAACAACCUGAAAAUCAUUCGAACCCCGAUGGACAAGAGAGACUUCAUGAAGAAAAUGCUCCAGAACGAAGAGCCUGAGGAGGAGUCUCUGAUGAGCAAAGAGGACAGCUAUGGAGACCAGGACCAGCACGAUGGGCCUCUGCUGGAAGCGGACAGCGCCUUCCCCCACAACCAGUACACACAGGAUGGGGAGCUUCCCGAGGACAACUGUUUUCACUGCCGAGGGUCAGGCAGUGCCACCUGCUCUCUGUGCCACGGCAGCAAGUUCUCGAUGCUGGCCAACAGAUUUAAGGAGUCCUACCGGGCCCUGAGGUGCCCUGCCUGCAAUGAGAACGGCCUACAGCCCUGCCAGAUUUGCAAUCAAUAG